UAUAUGAGAGGUGUUUUAAUAAGAGGGGAAAGCUCAAACCAGAUGCAAUUUUGCUCUGCAUGUCUGAAAGUGUGCGUACCUAUAUGAGCUCGAAGUGUUUAUUUCCAUCAUGAGCAUUAACAGAAGAUUCUCACUGGACAGUUCUGACUUGGCACAUGAAGCAGGACUGCUUGGCGCUAAGGGAGGUGGCAGCAUAUCAGGUAGUAAAAAAUCUAGACAUAGCCUGGUUGAGGGCCGGCUGGAGACCCAGGAAGUAAAUAACAGCCUCAGGGAGCAGACCAUAGCAGAGGAGCUACCAGAUGGUCUCAUCAACAGUAAUAGCUUCAAGAAGCACAACAAAAACUUUCGCAAACUGUUUCCAGAUAUUCCAGAGCUCGAGAAUCUGACACAUGCAUUCACCUGUGCCAUGCAGAAGGAGGUGCCGUAUCAUGGAAAACUCUAUAUUUCUGAUCACCAUGUGUGUUUUCACUCCUCCGUGCUGCUCAAAGAAACCAAGGUGGCGAUUUCUGGAUGCAGUGUCCAGGAGGUGAGGAAGUAUAACUCGGCUUUAUCCAUGUUGUCAAUAAAGACGACGGAUGGAAAGAAGUUCUCAUUUGUGUCUUUGAGAAACCGUGAGCUGUGUUACAAACUCCUUCACAACAUCUGUUCAUAUGCUAAGGAGGGGAGUGCAAACAGCAGCCCUCAUCACUCCUCUGCAGAGAAUGAAGUUGAGCCUGACAUUGCCUCCAGUGUUUCCAGCUUGGAGGACGUCACAGAUCAUGAUCUGAGCAGACAGAACAGCAUUCAUCUUAAAAACAGCGUUUUGCAGAUGUCCGGUGAAGGUCCAACCAGUUCCAACUUCACACAUCAAAGCAGCUCAACAGACGCAGACAACAAAGCUGGGCCAUGGAUUUGGAGGAUCAUGGAGAGAGUUGUACCGUUCCUCUUCGUCAGUGAAAUGAGGAACCUCAGGAGUCUCUUCUACAUCUACUUUAUGCUCAUGACAUUGCUGCUGGUGGCAUCGGGGUACAUCGGGAUGAGGAUCAUUGCUCUGGAGGAGCAGCUGAACACCUUGGGAGACCUGACAGAGUGGGCUCUACACAAGAGACAGUACCAGGAAAACUAGCCAGCAGAGGCAGUGAUAAACAGUUCCCCUAUGGAACUACUGUGCAUUUCUUUGUUUCCUCCAAAGAAAUGCACAGUUUAGUUCACAAAUAGGAUCUCCAAUCUUUUAUUAGCGUCAUGUCUACAGUGGAUGUAGAUCAGCAUUAAGGUGCUUUCUGGAUGUGUGAACACGGACACACGUGGUGAACUACAUGGAUGAGUGACUGCUUUGGCGGAGAAGCACCACACUAUUUCUGUCCGGAGUGCAAUCAUUUUCUGCUGACAGGUCAAAGAAAGGAAGCCAUUUCUCCAGCAAAGAGCCAUAUGGAGGCAGCGUGCUGAAGCCAGGUUUGUUUCCUGGCCGUGUGAACAGCUGAGCUCAGCUAGCAGACGUUUCUGGGCUGACCUGCAAAAUGUGAUCAUCACAGUUGAUUUUAACAAGGUGAAAAAGCACCUUUUUCUGUUUCUUGAUUAAUAAUCAAAUGUACAUUGUAAAAUAAUGGUGCAUGUUGUUUUAGUGAAUUACUUAUUAUUUAGUGAUACUUUAUCUUACUGUUAUUGACAACAUUCAGCCAGCAGGGGGCAGUCAGUCCUUUAACAUAACUGUUACAGGCAGAAUGUCACCUCGAAACACUUUUUUCUUUUUUAAAGGGGCUCUAUGUAACUUUCAAAAAUACUGCGUUUGAAGCGAUACCGCAUGGACGUUAGGUGAACUGCACCUGUAACCUGUUGCUCGCUCUCCCUCGCGUGCUCGUACGUACACAACACUGGAUAUUUACCGGCACAAUGUUUACAGAGGAGGAAAGUGAAAGUCUGUGUGUCUGUAUUCAUUCUCCAUCCUACAAACGACAGUCUCUGCAGGCACUGGCUGAGAGCAGGAGUGUGUGAUGAGUUUGUCCGCCUUUGAGAGCUCCUAGGGCGGAUAGAAGUGUGUGGAAGGCGGCCUCUGGCUGUGCAGGUGAAGACCGGGAGUGUGUGAUGAGUUUGUACUGUUGAUCUCUGUAAGUGGAGCAGAGUGAGGAGGACGUUGAGAACAUGCAUAAGAUAUCACUUCCUGGAGCUUUCUCGGAAAAUACUACCCGGGGAAACUUUUUGUACAGGCAACAGACAGACAGUGAACAUUAAUGGGAGAUAAAAAACGAUUUAUACAUGUAAAAACUUACAUAUAGCCCCUUUAAAAAUAGUAUAAUGUUAAGAAGAAAAAUGCAGUUUUUUGUAAAACUGUAAACUUGUGUUCAUAAACAUUUAGCAACUGAUUUCUAUGGCUGUGAUUUGUAUGGUUGUAUAGUUUCUAGAAUGUGUGCAUGAAAAUGACUUCUAACUUGGUGUCACAAAACAUGGGGACGCAUGAGCGACUGUAUGUAUUACAUUGUGACAGAAACAUUCUGGUAUUUUUACAAAGUUUUCUUUAGUGUAUCAAGCUAUUAGAUAAACUUGUUACAUUUACCAGGUCUGAAAUGUCUCAAGGAUUGUUUUAACUGUACAACAAUAAACAUAUCUUCAUCAAUUCAGUAAUGAAAUUACUAUGUACAAAAAUACAAACUGUUCUAUCAAUACCAGAUAUUAUACAUGUUUAUUAACUAAUGCCCUGUGUACAAUCAAAUCGAAAAAGAAAACGACAUUUUUGUACAUAAGUGAUCUUUUUAUUAUUUUGUUGUCAAUAAAAAGGUCAAGAUUCAGUCUCAUGAAUUAAUUUCAUUACAUCAUCUUCUCAGUUCAAAAAAAGCAACAUAAAAUUACAAAUCAUAAUACAAAGAAUAGAAUAGGUAAGUACAGUAACCAUAUAAACAGCCCACUAAUAUUAUCUAGCUCCCCCCUGCCCACCCACCCACUGAACACUGCCCCACUCAAACUCUAGCACAAAACUCAACAUUACAUCAGUUAGUAUCAGCAAUUUAAAAAAUGUGAAUAAACGUCCUGUUUUUUUAAAAAGCGCUUCAAUCUUCCGAUGCCAUGAUUUCAGCUUUACCCUCACAUAGAAUACAUAAUAGAUAUAACAUC